UGUGUGUGUGUGUGUGUGUGUGUGUGUGUGUGGGGUGUUAGCUGAUGCGCUGUAGUGGCUGAGCUGCGUUACUAGAACGUUUUCCCCAUGCCCCAGUCCGGAGGCGCUCUUUCACCGUUCAGUCGCCGUUUUGCCAUUUUCAGCUCUCUUCGAGCAUGGCCUUUUAUGGAGUUUUGUGGGUGUGGCUAAAUAUAAACAUGCACCAAACACGCUCGGUAAUAUACAGCCGAUUUGUGUGUAUCAGCAUACGCACGUGAAGAGGACGCAAAUCAGAGACCUGUGUGAACCUGGCCGGAAUGAAGAGAUCGGUUCGUCCUGUGAAAUGACGAACGAGCAGAGCUAAAGUCGGAGUUUUCUGCGAUUAGCACGUUAUUGUAACCUAAAAGCAUCUAAGAAACUCUGACAUCGAUGCUCAACUAUGGGCCCCAAUAUGUGUUGGAAAUUUUGUUACAGUGUAUCCUGCGAGAUCAUUCUCUCGUGUGUGUGUGUGGUGUUAUUUAUUUAUAUAUAUAUAUAUAUGUGACGUAAGAAUCAGCUAAUGGCGUCUUCGAAAGGUUUUUGUUGCAGGAUACGCCAACGAUUCAUUUGAAGUUGUUAAAUAAAGUAGGUUUUAAAAUAGGGGUAGCGUGCUUUUUUUUUUUUUUUUUAAUGUUCACGCAAGCUCUGUGGGGAAUACAAACUUCUUCUUCUGCAUUUAACUGCCGUCCUUGCCGAAUUGUUUCGGCAUGCGAGCUGUGCGUUUUUAUUCGUUCACAACCGUUGCCAUGCUGAUGCGUUCCAGAUGUUGACUAUAUAGUGCAACAUCAUGAUUCAUGCCGGCGUGUGACGGGCGUCGAGUCGCUGUAUUUCACCUCGUCGGUCUGGACGGUAAACACCAGCGAGAGAGAAACGGCAGCUGGAAUACCGUACUAAUGCGGUACACGUGGGGUCUGCCAGGGGACACCAUGCUGUUCCCAGAAGAGCGGGAUGUUGGCGCUGCUCCGUCACACAUUCCAUCCCUGUUCUCCAGAGAGAGGGGAAUAAAAGUGCUGCAGCGAGGACGUGGUCUCAGCACGAACCCUGCUCUUGGGUUUCUUUUUUCCUUUUUUUUCUUCUCUCUCCAUCCUCCCCCCUCUCUCUCUCUCUCUCUCUCUCUCUCUCUCUCUCUCUCUCUCUCUCUCUCUCUCUCUCUGCAGUGCCACAAAUACCCAUCAGCCAGCGCUGCGCUCUGGGGAAGCGUCAGCAUGAGUCGCAGAUGAUAAGCGGAUCUGUCUGUCAGGAAUGGAAACAGAAGUGUGUUCGAGUGCGAUGUGAUGUGAUGUACGACAGCCAGAUCUCAGGUGUUUACCGCUCACCGCAAAGCCAUUUCUGGAUGUAAUGACUCACACCGAUAUCCUUCCUCCUACACCGACCCGCUGGAGCACAACGUGUGGCCGGUUCACAGCCGCGCACAGGCAAUUAACUCCUGCCUUUCCUGUACUUCUGCAGUCCGUCAGCUUCGGAGUGAAAUUGUGCUCGAAUAAGCGAGGAGCUAAUUCGAACAUCUGCAUCAGUGAUGCAUCGAUACCGGUACUGGUCCAAUACUGCGCUCGUUUACUCGUACUCAUAAAAAAAAAAAACCAACAAAUGCUCAGAUAGCAACAUCCGGUACCGAUGAGACGAAAUGACGGCGAUCUGGACGUGUUUCAUACGAAGCAGACUGCAAACUGCGCGCAAAUAUCAAGAGAAGGAGCUACAGCGUCAUCCUACGGUACAAGUCGGACCUCCUAAGUGAUGUUCGCGGCAAACACCGGCUAGGCGUGAAAAAACGCCAAACGCCAGAAUUCACUCUCGGAACUGAUGGAGAAGGACCACUGAUCAUUUUGCCGUGUUGCCACGCGGCUUGACUUCCAUUAGAAAGAGACCACUGCUGACUUUGAUCUACAUCACUUUGUGCCAUCUUGGUUGUCCCUGGACUCCUGGCUAAGUGGCAGCGCAUGAUCUCCAGAGAUUCCGAGUAUUCCGCAAACAUGCUCCAGUGCUGAGCUCUGUCUCUUGACUUCACUAUGACCAGCCUGAAGCGUUCGCAGACCGAGCGCUCUGUGGGGGGCUCUGUGCCUGCCACGGAUGAGUUUUACACCCGCCGCCUGCGCUUGCCCAAUGGAGGGGCGCCUCCUCCACGCAGUGAGAGCACCCACCUGUCCGGAGGCACACCUGGAGUUCCCAAGAUGGGAGUCCGGGCACGGGUCGCCGACUGGCCUCCGAGGAAAGAUGGUGGUGGUGGUGGUGGCGGCGGUAGUGGUGGGAGUGGGAGUGGGAGUGGAGGUAGCAGUGGGAGUGGCAGUGGAGGAGGCGGAGGCGGUGUUUGGCACAUUACAGUGGAGACCGACUCACCAUCAACUACUUCUGGGAGCACCCAGAGCAACCUUUCUGCUAAGCUUGGCCACUUGAUAAGCCCACAGGAUUCGUCCAUGCUGCGUAAUAUUCAGAAUACACUAAAGAAUAAGAUCCAUAGCAAGGGCAAAGACAAUCGCUUCCUAUCCCCAGACGGUUACUUGGGUUCACCACGCAAGGGCAUGCGUCGCAUUCGCCAGCGCAGCAACAGCGAUAUUACCAUCAGUGAGCUGGAUGGAGAUGGCAACGAGGGUUGGUCCUUUUCUGGCUGGACACCAAUGCACCGUGAGUAUGGCAGUACCUCCUCCAUUGACAAGCAUGGCGUGUCCGGGGAGAGCUUCUUUGACAUGCUCAAAGCCUACCAGACCGAUGACCCCGAUCAGCGAAGCCCUGCUCCUGAGAAAUUAAGCGAACUGCUUACUGUGGCACACAAGCAGACCGCCCUCGACCUGCCAGACGGGCCCCUGGGACCCCCACGAGGUAGUCCCGCAAGUCGCCUCAAGGAAAGGGAAAAGCACCUGAAAAGACGCUCCAAGUCCGAAACCGGAGGCGAGUCCAUAUUCCGCAAGUUACGAAGCGUGAAGGCAGAAGGCGACUCCUCUCGUGCAGGUUCGGACGCGGAAGACGGGAAGUCAGAGGACACAGGUCCUCCUCCAAAGCCCUGGGUCUGUCAGAAGGGUUUCGCCCAUUACGAUGUCCAGAGCAUUCUGUUUGACCUGAACGAAGCCGUGCAAAACCGACAGAGUUCCUCCAAAAGGAAGAACACCACCACCGGAGCCUCUGCCGCUGCUGCCGCGUCGGCCUCCACCUCCUCCUCCUUAUCGUCCACCCAGAGCGGGGCCUAUGGCUCUCCCUGCGGCAGCCAAGAAGAGCUCAACGCCAAGGACGGACCAGCGCUGGACCCCGGUGACGAUAAAAGCAACGAUCUGGUCCUCAGCUGCCCCUGCUUUCGUAACGAGAUAGGGGGCGAAGGUGAGAGGAACAUCAGCCCUUCCAAGCAGGGCAGCAUUGGCAGUGGAUCGGCUAAUUCUUCCAGGGACGAAGACGGGUCCCGUGAGGCGGCGCCCAACACGCAUUUCAGUAACGCAGGGGUGGCUGUGCUGGAAGCUCCCAAAGAUGGGAAGAGCAUGCACCAUGAGAGGGGAAAGAACAAUAUUUUGGAACAUGUGGAUUUGGGAGCCUAUUACUACCGAAAGUACUUCUAUUUAAGAGAGCACUGGAACUAUUUGGGAGUGGACGAGACACUCGGCCCGGUCGCCGUGAGUCUUCGGCGAGAGAAGCUGGACGAUCAUAAAGAGCACGGGCCGCAGUACAAUUACAGGGUCAUCUUUAGAACCAGUGAGCUGAUGACUCUGCGAGGCUCCAUUUUGGAGGAUGCUGUUCCCUCCACGUCUAAGCACGGUUUGGCUCGAGGCCUGCCCCUAAAGGAGGUUCUGGAGUACCUCGUCCCUGAACUGAACGCCCACUGCCUCCGCCUCGCCCUCAACACGCCCAAAGUCACGGAACAGCUGAUGAAACUGGAUGAGCAAGGGCUGAGUUUCCAGCUGAAGGUGGGGGUGAUGUACUGUCUGGCUGGCCAGAGCAGCGAGGAGGAGAUGUACAACAACGAGGCGGCCGGUCCCGCGCUGGAGGACUUCCUGCAGCUGCUCGGAGAACGAGUGCGCCUCAAAGGAUUCAGCAAAUACCGCGCUCAGCUCGACACCAAGACUGACUCGACUGGCACUCACUCCUUAUACACCACUUAUAAAGACUACGAAAUAAUGUUCCACGUGUCCACCAUGCUUCCCUACACCCCCAACAACAAGCAGCAGCUGCUCAGGAAGCGCCACAUCGGGAACGACAUCGUCACCAUCGUGUUCCAGGAGCCCGGAGCCAAGGCCUUCAGCCCCAAGAACAUCCGCUCGCACUUCCAGCACGUCUUCGUGGUGGUGCAGGUGCACAACCCAUGCUCGGAGAACACCUGCUACAGCGUCGCUGUGGCCCGUUCCAGAGACGUCCCCGCUUUCGGACCGCCCAUCCCCGAGGACGUGAAGUUCCCCAAAUCCUCCGUCUUCCGGGACUUCCUGUUGACCAAGUUGAUCAACGCGGAAAACGCCGCGCACAAGUCAGACAAGUUCCGCGCCAUGGCGACACGCACGCGCCACGAGUACCUGAGGGACCUGGCCGAGCGCCACGUCACCAGCACGCCCAUCGACCCCUCGGGGAAGUUCCCCUUCAUCUCUCUGGCGCACAAGCGCAAGGAGAAAAGCCGGCCGUACUCGGGGGCGGAGCUCCGCAGCCCCGGGUCCAUCACCUGGGCCGUGUAUACGGAGGACCACAGCGCCGGAGGAGAACUCGAAGCCCUGCUCGCCAUCUCCAACGACUUCCUCAUCCUGGUGGAUCCAGACGCCAAGGCUGUGGUGUUCAACUGCGCCGUACGCGACGUCAUCGGCUGGACGCUGGGAAGCCCCGCCUCCAUGAAGAUCUUCUACGAGCGUGGAGAGAGCGUCUCGCUGCGCUCGGUCAACAACAACACCGAGGACUUCAGGGAAGUCGUGAAACGUCUGGAGUUUCUGACCAAAGGCUGCGAGACGUCGGAGAUGACGCUACGCAGAAACGGGCUGGGCCAGCUGGGCUUCCACGUCAACUACGAGGGCAUCGUGGCCGAGGUGGAGCCGUACGGUUACGCCUGGCAGGCCGGGCUGCGGCAGGGCAGCCGACUGGUGGAGAUCUGCAAGGUUGCCGUGGCGACGCUCUCGCACGAGCAGAUGAUCGAUCUCCUGCGCACCUCGGUCACCGUGAAGGUGGUCAUCAUACCUCCUCACGAGGACGCCACGCCCCGCAGGGGCUGUUCGGAGCUGUACCGGAUGCCAGUGGCUGAGUAUAAGGGAAGCAAUGAGAGCGGUUCGUUCGAGUACAAGUUCCCGUUCCGCAGCAACAACAACAAGUGGCAGCGCACGUCCUCCAGCCCGCAGCAGUCCCUCUCUGCCUCGCCUCAGAGUCACACCGGGACUCCCAACCGCGCCGUCAGCCUCGGGGCUAGCAUGGGCAAGACGCUGUCCGCCGAGAGACCGGAGAGAGCGACGGCCAUCCCACGCAGCGUCUCCAGCGACGGCCGACCUCUCGACCCCAAAAGGAUGUCUCCCAGCUCGGAGAACUACGCGCUGGCUUCCUCCAUGGCGAUGGCUCGACCCACUCACACCCGCAGCUCCCCCAGCAACCUGUCCUGCUCCAGUGAGACCGGCUCGGGCAGCUCGGCCCACUGGAGGCAGAAGUCCAUGCCUGAGGGAUUUGUGCCAAACAGACACUCCCCUCUCCCGCCGGAGCGACAGAUGAUGGGAGACUCCAGCGGAAAAUCCGCCCCCAGCUGGCCCCGAGUGGACGACUCUGAGAGAGCCGCAGCAGCAGACGCCCCGGUCGGUAAAUCCGGACCGUCGUACUCGGGUGGCCCACGCAUCCAAAGGCAGGAUCAGGUCAUUCAUCUGUCGCCUAAGAAGAGCAGCCAGUCCGAGGGCCCGUACUCCCACUCGAGCAGUAACACCCUCUCCAGCACAGCCUCCAGCGGCGCUCACAGCGAUGACAAGUGGUACGAUCUGGGAGCCGGAGGUCCGGGGGACGUCGGCGAGUCCGAGCCCAACGGUCUGGGCGGAGGCGGAUACCUGCAGGGCUCCUCGGCCGACAGCGGCAUCGACGCCACUUCCUACGCGCCCCAUCACGGCAGCGCUGGCUCGUUGCUCACUGUGGGCACCUCGGCGCCCCGAGAGAGGGUCGCGUCACCGUGGCACGGGCCGUCCGAGGGAGGCCGGCGCGUGCUGGAGCGGUCACCUCCGGCCGCGGAGUCACCUGUCGCUCCUGCUGAGGCUCCGACCACGCGCAGUCCUCCUACACAUCUCCUAAUGCGCGACAGCAGCUCGUACAGCCUCAGCGACAUGGCCUCACACUCCAGCUCACGUCACUCUGGCAGCCCCGGCGUGCUCAGCUCCAGUCACAACUCUCCCCGAGACGAGUCUCCCUCCACCACCUCGCCCUCCUCCUCCUCUCAGAGCUCGGUGUCUCCGGGACCCAAGAGCUUCUACCCUCGCCAGGGGGCCACCAGCAAGUACCUGAUCGGCUGGAGGAAGCCGGGGAGCACCAUCAACUCCGUGGACUUCGGAGACACUCGAAAGAGGCCUCAGGGCGAGGGAGUGGAAAGUGGGCCGUCUCAAACUCGGCCCUCUCUCAGAGACCUGCACUCUCCUCAGCCGCUGGGCAAAUCCACUGUGGAGGAGGAUCUGAAGAAACUCAUCACCCUGGACAGCCCUCCUGCCAUCCAUCAUGAUGGCAAGUCUCUGCAGCCGUCGUGCUCGGGUGCGAGCGGUUCAGGCCGGCGCUCGCUGCAGCGCACCCUCUCCGAUGAGAGUAUCUAUCGAGGCCAGCGCUUGCCGUCACUCGGAGAUGCGGUGCUGGAGCAGGCGCUCGCCAGCGACGUGCUGUUCAGCUGCUCCACCCUGCCACGCUCGCCCACCACCCGCGGGGCCCCCCUGCGCAGACCCUCCUACAAACUGGGCAUCAAGAUGCAUGGUGACCUCUCCGCGUCUGACACCUCUCUAGCAGACCUGCACGAGCGCCAGAGGCUGCCGUCUCCAGAGCUGGGCCUCCUGCCCCUACCCGACACGGACAGCGGCCUGGACUGGAGCCACCUGGUGGACGCCGCCAACGCUUUCGAGGGUGAGGGGAGACCCCCACGCAUCCAGAGGAGUUUCAUGUUCAGUUCUCAGGACCUCAGUCACCGUGGUGAGAGUGCAGUGAGCUCCCAGCAGCUGGAGCUGCAGCCCGUACCCCACUCCCGACUCUCUCCCAGUGAUAUUCCUGUGGGUUUUGCGGGGAAAGUGUCUCAGCUCGAGGCGUUGGUGAAGAUGCUGCAGGAAGACUUGAAGAAGGAGCGAGAGGAGAAGCUGAAGCUUCAGGCUCAGAUCAAGCGGCUUUGGGAGGACAACCAGAGGCUCCAGGAGGAGUCUCAGAACUCGGCGGCCAAGCUGAAGAAGUUCACAGAGUGGGUCUUCAACACCAUCGACCUGAACUGAGAGCAGCGCCGGAGCAGCUGCUCCAUCAUCCAGCUCCACCCGGGACCAACGCGAGCACCAAUCAACACGCCAACACUUCCUGGAAGCGAGUCAGAAAUACGGCGCAGGAACCAUCAGCUCUUCUCCAGCCCUCUCGUCAUGUUUAACAAGAGGACCGAUUCGUACUUCUGUCAUUCCCUUCGGAGGUUUCUCAGAGAGCCAACCUGCAGGGAUGAGUCCGUCGCUUCCGUCACGUGCAUCACGACUACGCUACUCCUCACAUCCAGGAAGAACCUGACACAUCUUUUUUUUUUUUGAGCUUCAAGAGCCAUGUUUGUGAAAUUUCGCUGGGUCACUGUGCUAUUCAGAGUUGGUGUGCGUUUUUCUUGCUUUCCUUUCUCUCUAAUUAGCGAGGCUGGUGGUGUGAAUCUACAACGCAGCAGUACAAUCAAACAAAACAACAACAAACAAACCAAGGAAGGAAGCCACGUCUUUUUUUCCCCCUUCUUUUUUAUUAUUAUUAUUAUUAUUAUUAUUAUUAUAGAUAAUCUGAUAGUACAGACUCAUCGACGGCAUUUUGUUUUCUUUCUUUUUCUCUCUCCCUCAAACGCAAAAGCAAUAGACUGAUGAUCUCAAUGCGUCAGCUUCACCGGACUAUAAUAAUAAUAAUGAAAUCUCACCGUGUCGGAUUCUUAUUUUCCGUAAAAAGCAAUCGCAGGUCUGUGGUACGAACGCUGAAAACUCGAAGAAAAAAAAAAGGGGGGGGUAGUGUUUUUUCUCUUUACUUUUUUAUUUUUGUUUUUUUUUUUUGGGACAAUUAAUUUAUUCCGUUUGUAUUAUAAAUAAAUAUCCGUACAGUAGAACGUUAAUGUUUAUUUUCCAGACAGAUGCUCAUAAUUUAGGUGUAUUAUUAUUAUUAUUAUUAUUAUUAUUAUUAUUAUUAUUAUUAUUAUUAUUAUUAUUUUGUACAUUUAAUUUCAGCCUGAUGCUGUUUAUCUUCCGCGUGCUUUGUGGUGCCCUAGCCUGCCGUCGUCGUGUUGCCUUAGUGCCCUCUUGUGGUGAAAAGUGAUCGUUUCACUCGCUACAAUCUAUAUUUCAGUUUUUAAAAAAAAAACAACAAAAAAAAAAAAAACACAAAAACAAAGCGUUCAUCAUUUCCUCCUUUUGCGUUUGUAUUAUUGGAAUCAGAGAUCAAGCUCAGGCUCAGUGUGUGUGUGUGUGUGUGUGUGAGUUAUUCGGGUUUGGAGUUAUUCUGACUGAGGAAACGGAUCAGCACAGGAAGUAGAUAUCUGAGUUUCCUUGUAGUAAUCGGGGAGAUUGCGGGACAAACCGGAGUGCCUGCUCAGAGGAAGGGCUUUACUCAGCCGAUAAUCCUGGCUCUCAGUGCUGGGCUUUCUCUCAUCAAUCUGAGACCCCCCCCCCCCCCCCCCACAAACACACACACACCCCAAUCAGGUGUGUUAAUGACCCGAUACUGCAGUAAGUACACACACAGGGCUGUUCUGAGCUCGAAAAGUUCGCAAGCAACUCUAGAGAAAAAUGUAAUAUUCAGCAGUGAAUGGAGAUUAUCGAUUCUGUUCUAAGAAUCGUUUGAGUCGUAUGAAUCAUUUGAGUCGUAUGAAUCGUUUGAAUCAUUUCUGGCUACCAGCCGCUUAACGAAGGAAUCACGUAGAACCCUAAAAAAAACCCCGAAAACUUGAUCAAUUCAGGUUUGUACAUUAUAGAAACCCUAGAGACCGCGUGCCUGAGUGAGUUAACGAUAACGAGUCGUGCUUCUCCUUUUACUCGUACAGGAAGGUUUUACACAAGAGCUCCUGCUCUAUUCUGUGGAACUUGAACGCUGAGAAAGAAAAAAAACGUUCGAGUAUGAAUUUCCUAAAUUUGAAUGAUGUACACGUCACCUCCCCCCCCCCACCCCCCCAGGUGUGUGGUGUAUAACAAAAUUUUCACCGUGUUUGGUUUGAGCUUGCUCGAGGUAAGAUUUGACUUUAAAAAAAAAAAAAAAACGUUUCAUUCAGAGUGACGGGUUACGAUUUUGAGAUUUAAAAGAAAAAAUAAUCGCCAAAGGUCAAAUAUCAAAAACUGCAGAUUUUAUGUAAAUUCGGCCAAAGGAGAAAAGUAGACACUUUUUAAAGCAGUCAAACGAAUAAAUAAUUGUCUUUUCUACCAUGCUGGUAAAACUUCGAUGCUUAGCGUAACUUAUUUAAGCGACGUUCUAGCUAGUUACGCUGUGCUAACAUCACGCUGUAACAUGUCUUUAUUUCACGGACGUGAACGUGACAGAUGUGUGAUUUGGCGGAAUGCCCAGAACAUUUACUUUUCCCCGCGAGUCCCGAUGCUAUUCGUCUACGGCCGAAUUUACCUAAAUUUACAUAAGAUUUGUAUUUGCAUGCCUCUUCCACUAGGUGGUGUGAAAGAGUCAUGUUUUCAGGUUCUUGCGUGUGUUGCGUCCAGUGUUUUCGUAGGAUUUAUAUAGAAUUGUUGCUGUAACCUGCAGAUUGGAUUCUUUGGAUUAGAUGUUUGGAUUAGAUCCAGUAAGGUCAAGAUCACCGCAAGAGUCAAAAGUAUUUUCAUCAAGAGCUUCCUUCCUGAUUGAAGUAUUAUAUUUUAAUGCAUGCAUGUUAGUAAAAAAAACAAAACAACAACAAAAAAAAACACAAAGCAGGACUGGACCUCUUGGUGGCGCUGUUGGUGUUGAGAUUUAUUUAUUUGGGGAUUUUUUUCGAUCUCAAAACCGUAAACACGUUGUUUUAUAGUUUUAAAGGCAAGCUAACAGAUUUAAAAAAAAAAAAAAAAAAAAAACUCUGGCAAAAAUGUAAAUUUACAUACACCACAAAAAAAAAGAAUCAAUCGGUACAUAAUUAAAAUGUAUGAAGUUUAUAUUCGAAUGCUUUCAUCAGCUUUUAAGCUCCACGACCGUUGUUUACUCUUCACCUUGUUCAAUAUUCCACAGUAAUCAGAUGUCUUUUAAUGUGAAUGUUAACUUUCUUUUCUUUUUUUUUUCCUUUUUUUUUUUUUUUUUUUGUCGUUCUCAGUCGGAUUAAAACUUUAAUUUGCACUGUAAGAUUUUUUUUUUUUUUUGUAUAGAUUUAUUCUAAUUAUUGCUAUGUUAACAGUUGAUGGAGCCUCAUAACGUAAACGUCUUCUAACCGGACAUCGCCUUUCCUGGCGUGCGUCAUCACGUGCGACGCGGAGAAGACGAUCGUCCACCUCCGCCCUUCUCCGGAUUGACACGUGUUUCAUCGACGGGAGUCGUGUUCCGCUUCGACGACGUGCGCGGUUCCCGAAAACGACAAUAAAAACAGACACGAUGAUACCGAAGCGUUAUAUAUUUAACGAGAAGAGAAGUACUGUUUACAUGAUCCUGUUCAUUUUAUUUGUAAAGUGUAAAGGUUUAAAGAACCGAUUUCCCAGUCAUCAUAGCAGUAUUAAAACAUUUCUUAAAUAAAUAAAUAAACACUG